UAUACUUCGAGGGCGGAAUGGUUGACAACGGCUACGUUGAUAACUCAUUUAUAUAAAGCCUGUAAAGUGUGUAUUUGUUUCACUCAUAGUUGGUCAGCAUGUCUUUUAUAUCUUAAUCUACAAAUUUAAUUUUUUGUGCCAAAGUAAACUAUAUGGCGAUACUGAACCGUAGUGUUAAUUUCAUCAGUGGUUCAAAAUGAAUGAAAACAGUAAAGAUAUGGAACCACCUUACUCUCCCUCGGAAAUGAUCCCAAACCAUGGGCCCCCACCGCCAGGAUCGCCAGAACCAAGAAAGCAUAGUAAAAAUGGAAUAUCACCAUUGGAACUAAAUGUGCCUGAAGAGAAAAAGAAACCACCAAAUGAACCAGAGAGAGCCGAAUGGGGAAACCAAAUCGAAUUCCUUAUGUCCUGCAUCGCCACGUCAGUAGGUCUUGGCAAUGUAUGGCGCUUCCCUUUUAUAGCCUACCAGAAUGGCGGCGGAGCCUUCCUCAUACCAUACAUCAUUGUCCUAUUUCUAAUAGGCAAACCUAUGUACUACUUAGAGUGUGUCAUCGGACAAUUUAGUACGAAGAACUCAGUCAAAGUAUGGUCUUUGUCUCCUGCUAUGAAAGGUACAGGCUAUGCGCAAGCGCUGGGUUGCGGCUACAUCUUAUCCUACUACGUGUCAAUUGUCGGACUCUGCCUGUUCUACCUGGCCAUGAGUUUCCAAGCCACGCUGCCCUGGGCCGUCUGUGACCCCAGCUGGAAUGAUGUCAUUUGCGUACCGUCGGCACCGAAUGAAAACCAACACCUUGACAUUGAGAAUGCUUCCAGCAGUGCUGAAUUGUAUUUUAUAAGAACUGUGCUUCAGCAAAGUGAUGGCAUUGAAGGAGGUUUAGGCGCUCCAAUAUGGUACCUCACCCUGUGCCUUCUAGUAUCGUGGGUUAUAAUCUUCGUCAUCGUGGCUCGAGGAGUGAAGAGUUCCGGGAAGGCUUCCUACUUCCUCGCUCUUUUCCCAUACGUAGUGAUGAUUAUACUAUUGAUCAGUACCUUAUUUUUAGAUGGAUCCGACAAGGGUAUUCUAUUCUUUUUGACACCAAAGUGGGAAAAGCUUUUGGAACUAAAUGUGUGGUACGCGGCUGUCACACAAGUGUUCUUCUCCCUGUCUGUGUGCACUGGAGCAAUCAUUAUGUUCUCGUCCUACAACAGAUUCCAACACAAUAUCUACAGAGAUGCAAUGAUUGUGACUACCCUGGACACUUUCACAAGCCUCUUGUCUGGUAUAACUAUCUUCGGAAUCCUGGGAAACCUGGCCAAGGAGCUCGGCAAAGAAGUUGGGGAAGUCAUCGGGUCUGGUGGCACCGGAUUGGCCUUCAUCUCAUACCCUGAUGCUAUUGCAAAAACCUUUCAACCUCAGUUGUUCUCAGUGUUGUUUUUCCUGAUGAUGUCGGUGCUUGGCGUGGGCUCGGCGGUGGCACUGCUCUCAACCAUCAACACAGUCAUGAUGGACAGUUUCCCCAAAAUCAAGACAAUCUACAUGUCUGCUUUUUGCUGCACGGCCGGCUUUCUGAUUGGAUUGGUUUACGUUACCCCAGGCGGUCAAUACAUAUUGGAGAUGGUUGACCACUACGGCGGCACUUUCCUCGUCCUGUUCACGGCUAUUUGUGAAAUUAUUGGCAUCUUUUGGAUUUACGGGCUUGAGAACCUCUGCCUUGACAUUGAGUUUAUGAUGGGCGUGAAAACAUCUUUCUACUGGCGGAUGUGUUGGGGCAUCAUCACCCCUGGCAUGAUGCUGGUGGUCUUCGUGUAUGCUCUUAUUAGCUUUGAAUCUCUCACGUUUGGAGAGGAUUAUGUCUACCCUACUGCUGGAUACGUGGCUGGUUAUUUAAUGUUGUUCAUCGGUAUUGCAUUUGUACCGUUGUUCAUAAUUAUCACAUUGUGGAAAAACAGAAGCGGUAACUGUAAUCAGAUCAUGAAGAAAUCUUUCCGACCAAAGUCAAGUUGGGGCCCAAAAGAUCCUGAAAUUCGAAGCCGUUGGGUAGUAUUCAAAGAAAGCGCAAAAAUGCUGAGACAACAAAUGAACUCGUCUAGAUGCAAGCACAUUUGGUACAUUCUUACUGGCCUAUAUAGAAGAGGUGUUUAUGCAAACACUAAUGUAAAUAAUAAUUAGAAUUUGAAUUGUUUGCAGCAUCAACUCUUGAGACUAAAAAAUAUGUGCUUGAGGCUAACACAGAAAUCAUGACACAUAUGUAUGCAUUAAUGUAGAAGUAUUCACUAAAUCGAAACAAAGUUUAAUCCUCUCAUAAUUUCUGCACAUCGGGUCACGUCAUUUUUAAAAAUUACAGUAGUUUGUCGAAUAAUAUCCCACAAUAAAAGUGAAAUAAUAACAACUAUUUAAAUUAAUUUGAAAGUGGAAUAGACAACUUUACAAUGCGAGGUGUACACGUAGGCCUGUAAUGAUCUUUAGGUUUAUUUCUCUGUAAAUAAUUUUAAAUUAUAAAUACUUAUAUUAUUAAAAUAAGUCCGCGUAGACACCUUAAGAUUAUAUUUCACGCCCGUCAGUUGCAAAUUUCUCCGUUGAAUGUAAGACUCAGUUACUCGAUUUGUACUUUAUUCUUUCUUUGUAAUCAGCUAUUAUGUCUUUCUUAAAAAAGAGGACAUUACCAUGUACUUAUUAGCCGACUUAUAUGAAGAAAACGAUAGUAAUAUUGUAAUUCAUGAGUGAUAUAUUAGGUAAUAAGAAUUGUUAAGUAUUAUUUAUUUAAAUAUAUUUUUAUACUUAUUAUGUGCAAAUUAAUAAUUGA